AUGGCGGAGCUUUCCCAAUAUGGGGGCACCGAUGCCCGAACUGUGGUUUUAUCAGCGGCUGGUGGUUCGGUGAUCUUGGGGACUGCCGGCGCCAGCACUGGUCUUGUGAGCGGCGGAUUGCUGGGAGCCGCCUGCGGUGUCAUUCCUGCGCUUUUUACAUUUGGGCUGUCGAUUCCCGCGGGUGCUGUUCUGGGCAGCGGACUUGGAGCUUGCACAGGCUGCGUCCUGGGAAGUGGAGCCGGCUUCUUGAGUGGUGGCGCAGUAGGAUACAUGGUGGUACGACGAGGCAGACAUGGUAAGCUUGAGCCGAAGGAGGAAUGGUCUGGGCAGGUCCUGCUCGAGAUAGUGCCGAAGGCACAACAGUGCAUCUCCGAGUUCGGAGCUUCCCUGAAGAAAGGAGUCGCAGAUACACUCGCCGACUUGCUCACUCCCGCCCUGGAAAAGGGUCUGCCACCCGCCUUGGCCAACACUUUUGCAGAUGAACGAGCGGUAGAGUCGGGUAUAGCACGGCGCCCACAAGCAGUGGCUGCAGGUUUGGACACCGACAGGCGGGACGGCUGCAUUGGGCAGAAGGCUGCAUACCAAAGCGUCAAGUCGGUUGUCAAUGCAACUGGUUACCUCAGUAAAGAUCCAGAUGCUCCAGCGGACCGCGUCCUGGGAGUGGAAGUCUCAGAAAGCAAGCUGGCGCAAACAGGAGCUGAUGAGACGGAGGCUCGGGGUAACGAGCUCCAUCUUCGCGUGCACCCGCUGCAGCUGCCUCCGGGUGGCUUCCACAAGAAGGGCAAGCCAGUCCCCGACCGCCACCCAGAGCGAUCUGUGGAGCUUCUCAUUGGUGCCAAGACACCCCCGGGAAAAGCUGCUGCAGCUAUGGCUGGUGCCCUGAGACCCAUGGGAGGAGGUCAUGGCAAGUAUCCUCUCGUCAGAGGCAUUGGUGCCGCAGCAAUUCACCGCGCGCUUGUCUCAGCCUAUCUCGCCCAGAAGUAUUUGGACACCGAUGACCGGGAAGUCCGAUUUCUCGUCGUCCCAAGCUUCCAGCAAGAGCCAUCCACCGAGACUGAAUCCGGCUACCAAAGCCAGCUUAUUCUUAGGCUUGUGCGAUGGCAAGCAAGCAGCUAA